AUGGAAACAUCAGAACAAGAUCUUCUUGCUACGCAAAAGGCCCUCGAAGAAGAGGUGCAAAAUAAAGUCAAAGAAGCUGUUAUGGAUAAUUUUCUACGAGAAAAAUUAACACGUGAAGAAAAAUUUACGCAAAAUAAUACAUUUAAAUUAAAUACGCAAUGGCUGAUGGUAAUGAGAGCAGCAAAAUCAAAAGAAUUAAAAAAAGAAAUUGAAAUUUUAUCACAAACAUUCGGACGUAUUAUUGAUCGAAAAGAUACCGUCAUUAAAGCAUCAUCGAAAGAUAUUGAAGAAGCGGAAGAACAAUAUAAUAUGUCAUUACGAAGUUUUUUUGAAGCUAUUGAAAAAAUGAUUACAAUGCACACAUCAACCAUUGAAAAACUACUUGAACAAUAUGAAAAAGAUGUUGAACAGAUAAAAUAUGAAUUUCGUGAAGAACGUGCGAGAAUUAUUCGUGAUCAUGAUAUCUCAAAAACUGAAUUGCAGGAUAUUAUCUAUAAUAUGGAAAAAACGUUUUUUGAUGCAGAAAAAUUAGCUGAACGAAAUUUCGAAGAGAAUAUGGAAGAACUACGUAAUAAAUAUCGAGAAGAUCUACAACAAUAUCAAUUGAAUGUUGAAAGUCGUUCAACGUCAUUACAAAAUGAAAUGACAAGCAUAACAAAUAAUUAUAAAGAACGAACCAGAGAAAGUAAAGCACAAUAUCAAGAAUAUAAAAUGAAAGAUGAAAAAAAUUCUAAAGAAAUUCGUGAUGCAACAAUUUAUAUUAACAAGAUAACUGAAAAAAUUAAUGGCGUUAAAUCUCAAAUCGCAGCUCUCGAAGCCAAUCAUCAAGCAAGAAUGAAUAAAGUUGCACAGGAAAAAGAAAGCAUGAAACAGUAUUUACUUCAAUUAAAGUCUCAAUUAUUGGACAUGCAAGAUGAGUUACGUCGACGUUUAAUUAAACUUGCUACAGCAUGCGAUACAGUUGAAAAAAAACUUGAAAAACAUGUUAAAACAGCUGAAAUUAUUUUAAUAUUCUCUGAAAUGUGUCGAAAAUUAGAAGCUGAAGAAGAAAAAAUUCUACCAUUCUAUUCAUCAACAUUGUCUGAUGAAGAACGUGCUGAAGUUGAAACAGCAUUUUAUGAACCGCCAUUUGAAGAACUAGCAAAAGAUAUGUAUACAUUUGAUUCGCUUGAAAUGUUUUGGAAACGAUUUAGUAAAGUAUCAUUAGAUAAAUUAACUUUAGAAAAGGAACGAAGUAUUUUACAAUCAGAAAAUAUGCAAUUAAAAAUGUUAUUAAAACAAUAUCUUGAUGGUAUUUCAGUUAAUGAUGAAAUAAUGAGUCAAACAAAUCCAUUAAUGAUUUUAUCAUCGAGACGUGUACUGGAAAGUCAGUCUGCGGGAAAACAGUUAUCAAAUGCUCGACCAGUUAAAGUUAUUAUCGAAGCUCAACAUGUGAAAAGUGCCUUUUGA